CGUUAAAUCGAAAGCAAACUUGAAGAGGAAAUAGUAAAAAGUCUCACUUGAAGCCAUAUUGUCCUGCCGUGCACCUGUUCUCUUUGAGUUAAUUUAAAACACUUUAACGGACAGUAUUUAUUUGUCCUUACGGUAAAACGUCUGCUCAGUCAUGCCGAAAGCAUGUUUGAAAAUCAGCAGAGCGAAUGCAGAGAAGGUGGAGAACUUCCGCCAGUCCCUGUAUCAGGAGGCAGAGCUUUUGUUCUCCAACUUCAUCCCCAUGAAGAUUGCACAGCUGGAUGCCUUGCAGAGGGAUGACGCCCUCAGUAUCACAGACAUGUCCUCUCUGAAGGCACCCCUGGACAUCCCCAUCCCAGACCCCCCUUCCCCAGAGGAGGAGGAAAUGGAGACUGAUAAGAAUGAAGAGGAUGAGAAGAAGAAAAAGAAAGCUCCAAAAUGUGGCUUGAUCAAGGGGAAUGAGAAGAUCAUUAUGCUUCUGGAGAGGGUGAAACCAGAGAUCUUUGCUCUUAGAGAGACCAUCCUAACUGUCACCUGCUGGAUUCAGCACCUCAUCCCACAAAUCGAGGAUGGAAAUGACUUUGGGGUUGCAGUGCAGGAGAAAAUCUUGGAGAGAAUCGCUGUAGUGAAGACCAAAGUCGACGGUUUUCAGACCAACAUCAACAAGUACUUUUCCGAGAGAGGAGAUGCUGUAGGAAAGGCUUCCAAGGACACUCAUGUGAUGGACUACCGCAGGCUGGUCAGCGAGAAGGACGAGGACAUGUACUCUGAGAUCAAAGUGAUUGUUCUCGACAUUCGCGGCUUCUACGCCGAGCUUUACGACAUCAUCAACAAGAAUCUGGAGAAGGUGACCAAUCCAAAGGGAGAGGAGAAACCUUCCAUGUACUGACGCAUGGUGGGGGGGGGCGGGGCAGAUACUACAAUUCAUGUGUUGCAUUCACAAAUAAUCAUCUGUCUGUUCAGUAAUGCUGCACGUUCAUUACUAAAUGUUGCUUAUUCUUCAAAAAGGUAACAAUAAAAGUUUUAUCUCUGAUCUGUGAUGACACUUUGGUUUUUGUACCGUAACUUGCACUAAACUACAAAUUUAAAAAAAACGUAAUAAAGAAGUCUUGUUUUUUUUUUCAAA